AGACUACAUUUUUCCAUUUCCUCUUGUGUUUCCUUUUUAUUGUAUAUCAUCUGCAAAUAACAAUAAAAAGGAAAUGGAGUUUUCUUUUCUGCAUGUUUCCGUCGCCAUAAUUGCCUUAGCCACUAUUACCCAGACAUCUUUUGCCCAACCUGCCUGUGAAUCUGAUUGCAUUAAAGAGUUUCUUGACGUACAUAACGCAGCUCGAGAAAUAGUUGGCGUUCCACCUGUUAAGUGGAACUCCACCUUAGCAGAGUUUGCCGAAUCCUAUGCUGCCGAGAGGUCUGUUGAUUGUGCGUUGAAGCACUCACAAGGACCGUAUGGGGAAAACAUCGCAUUGGCCGGUUUGAAAUCGUCUGUUGCAGAAUCUGUUAAGGGUUGGUUGGAUGAGAAACCAAACUUUGACGAGGCGUCGAAUUCUUGCCCUGGUGGCGAGUGCCGCCAUUAUACACAGGUUGUUUGGCGCGGCACCACGAGUAUUGGCUGUGCUAGGGCUGCAUGCACGACUUGGAUGUUCGUCAUUUGCAACUAUUACCCUCCGGGCAACUAUGUGGGUGAACGUCCUUAUUAAAGAUAAUUUACUUUUUGAUUAAUAUGAUUUUGUGAAAUGCAGAUGGUGCAUUAUACAAAAAAUAUAUAUAUAUUUAAAAACUAGAAUAUCAUCACUAAUGUAUUAUUAUGAAACAAAUAUUGUUUCAUGCCUGGAUGUUGAUUCAAUUAAAUUUUGAACUUUUUUUUUUAUC